UACAGACAGGCGGGACAAAACACUUGUUCAGAGGCUGCUCCCUGAAGGAACCGUUGACUCCGACUCUGCCUGAGACAGCGGUUUAUAACGGACUGUUAAAGUUAUCCUGGUAUAAAACAGGUUGACGGAAUAGCCGGUGCAUAUCUUAUCGGACAGCUUGUUAAACUUCAGCUGCUCCAAACAUUUAUGAAAAGGAGAGUUUGAACAGGAAACAGGGACCACCAGUGUUCAACUACUCACUCCCCCUCGGCGACCCUUCAGUUCUGGACAUCUUUGAGCAAUGUUUGACAAACAGCACUACGAGAGUCCACCUGUCUACAGCCCUCCUUUCACCCCCCCAUCCAACAAGGGCUUCGGAUCUCGAGGCAGCUUCCAGGGACCUCAGAGCGACUACAACGCUUACCCACCUCCGCCAGGAUCUUACUACAUCGAGGACAGACCACAGCACUUCUACAAAUGGCUGUCACCUCCAGGGAUCAUCAAGGCCAUGAUGGCGACAGUGAUUGUGCUGUGUGUAGCCAUAUUUGCCUGUGUGGCAUCCACUCUCAUGUGGGACAUCCAGUACGGAUAUGGAAUGGGUAUGGGAAUGGGCUAUGGCAGUGGGUACACUGGCGGUAGUUUUGGUUCAGGAUAUGGAGGUUAUGGGGGGUAUGGAGGUUACGGAGGCUAUGGCACCAGCUACGGCUCAUACGUCUCACCUUACUCAGCCAAAACAGCCAUGAUUGCAAUGUCUGCCAUUAACUUUGUAGGGGCGCUGGCCUUCUUCAUCGCCAGCUUCUCAAAAUCUCCUACCGUCCGCAGUCGGAAGUUCUUUCUUGCUCUGCUGAUAACCUGCAUUAUCAUGGCUGCUCUACAGGGCAUUAUAAACAUCGUCUACAUUGUUGGGGUGAACCCCAUGGCUCAGAGCUCCUCCAGUAUGAUGUACAAUCCCAUGCUUAUGAUGUGCCAAAAUCUCUACCAGACCAGCUACUCACAAAUGGGAGGAGUUGGAGGCUUCCCAAUGUACAACCAGUAUCUCUACCAUUACUGCUUUGUAGACCCACAGGAGGGAGUGGCCAUGGUGUGUGGAUUCCUGGUCGUCAUCGCCUUGGCUGUAGCGAGUUUCUUUGCACACAAGACAAGAGGGAAGAUCUGGCGCUACGGGAAGCCAAACAUCUACUGGGAUGAGCCGCUUGUUGGUGGGAAGGCCUCAGAGGGCAGAGAUGUAGAGGAAUGGGUGAACAAUGUAGAGGAAAGCCGCAGUGUGCAAGAUGCCCCGACCCUGCUGGUGUCAGAGAAGGGAGGCGGGCUGCUCAAUGCAUCAGCAAACAGCGUCAUCUCCUACCCUCCAGCCAAGGUGGAUAGCAGCUCCUACAAUGAGGACACUUAUGACAACAAUCAAUACUCUGAAAGGACCACGAGCAGACCAUCAGAAGCAUUUUCUAACGGUGGAGGAACCAGCUCCAGCCCCUCAGAGGAAAUUGGUGGAGUCCGCAAACCCUCUGCUAACAGGGGGAAGAGACGUCGACGUAAUCCUGAGAUAGAUGAGUCUCAGUAUGAGACUGAGUACACCACAGGAGGAGAAACAGGCAAUGAACUCGACGGAGAAGAAUGGGAAAGAACGUACCCAGAGAUAAGAUCUGAUGCAGAGCGUCACGAGUAUAAGAGAGAGUUUGACGCAGAUCUUAAGGAAUACAAACGCCUAUGUGCAGAGAUGGACGAUAUAAACGAUCAGCUGAACAAACUCAGCAGGCAGCUGGACACGCUGGAUGACACUUCUGCAAAAUACCAGGCUGUAGCUGAGGAAUAUAAUCAGUUAAAGGAUCUAAAGCAGACAUCAGACUACCGAGCCAAGAAGAAAGAGUGCCGCAGGCUGAGACACAAACUGUUCCACAUCAAACGUAUGGUGAAGGACUACGACAAGAACCACUCGUGAACCUACUGAGUCCUGAGGCUCAGCUCUGCGCUCUACUCUGCAAACACUCACAGACAGAAGCCAAGAUACACUCCAACACACAAUAAAGACUGUGACAUGACCAAAGUUACCUGUACAAAAGCUGUUCACUCACUCACACACAUAGGGAACAUCCUGUAUGUUAAAAACAUUGGUAAUACUCUUGUAAUCAUUCACUCAUUCAUCACUUGUGUAUAAAUGUCUGCUCUUGAUUUCUAAAUGAAAAGUCACAGGACUCUCAUGAAGCACUGCCAUUUGUUCUGUGAGAUUGAGCUUAUUGUUUGCAGUGCUGAGCCUCUUGUCAGGCUCAGAGACGUGGUUUAUGAAAGGUUGUUUGAAAGUCACCUGACCUUCAGUCACCUGUGCUCAGCCUCUGCAGCUCUGUUUGCUCACCAGAUUGGAAACUUUUCUUAGUUUUAUCUCUGCAGAUAAGAAGCAGAGCUCUAUGGUAGAGGCAUGGGAGAGACAGCUUGUUGGGAUUGUUAGCGCACUAAUAUGCAGUGUCUUUAACCCUUUGAUGGCGUUAUCAACGUCACAAAAGAACUUAAGUCGUGCUUUUCUCACCUUCUAUGUCAGUAUUUGUAACUUACUUCGAUAUCAUUGAAGAUAACUGCCUGGGCUUUGUGUUCGUCUCCUAUGUACUGGCAUUUGAACAAAGAUUUUAUUAUAGAUACAGUGAGACCAAAAAGGUGGACAAACCAGCCAAUGAGAUGUGUGACGUUCUUGUUUUGUAUAUAAUGUUGAGUCUUGUUCUCGUAUCCACCAAGAGCAAACUGACAGUAUCUGUUGUUUAGAUUUAGCAGAUAUUUCAGCAUUUGUGAUGACCUCUGUUAUUUGUACAUACUUAAGGACCCACAGUGGCUUGUUUUUUAAUCAUUCCAAAUGUGCUUAAGUUAUGCAAUUUACUAAAAUCACAUGGACUGUUUAUGUUUUCUAUCAUGCAUGCACCUCAGAAAACUGGAAAAUACUGUUUCUUUCACUGUGUAUAAGCUACACUUUCAUUUUUUACCAAUGAAAAUGAUCAUCUGCUGAUUCCAUGUGUUCAUAUUUUUGUAUUAAUCCUUUAAAUGUGUAAGUGUUACGAUCUCAUGUAUGUCUUAAAAUUGUUCAGACACAGUUUUGAUUUGUCAUGCAUUUGUAUUUUUAUGAAGAACGUUGUCAUUUUACAAACCAUUUGCGAGCCAUUUAUUUUUGUAUGAAUUUAUUUUCUUUGAUGCUAUCAUAAGACCAUUUUUUGUAACUGUAUACUUCCAUAAAGCAUGAUGUCUAAAAAGUAUUCAAUUGAGUAAGCAAUAAACAUU